UCUAGGCAGAGAGUGGUGUUUUCGUGUUUUACAAUGCGCUUUUCGUAUACAUGGUGUGGUUGAGAUUCUACGUGUACAAAUAUUAACUGCAGUUUGAUUUCAAGCGAAAGAUGUGGCGCCUGGCGAAGGUUUUGAAAGAUACGCGACAGGUCGCCCUAAAUCGUUCUACCUCGUGCCUUUGGAAAGCUACUCGCAAUGAAUCUAGCACGUCUAAAGAUUCAGAUGUGAAAGAAGUUCCCUACAAUACAUUGCAGACAGAAGAUAAGCGAGCUCCAGACAGCAUCCCAGCAGAAGCUGAUGUUGUUAUUAUUGGCGGAGGUUCUGUUGGAUCCAGUACACUUUACCACUUGACCAAACUUGGGGUAAAAAAUGCUGUCUUAUUAGAGCGCGAUCAGUUAACAUCAGGAACAACCUGGCAUAGUGCUGGGCUGGUUUGGAGGUUACGUCCUAGUGAUGUGGAGGUGGAAUUGUUGGCAGCCACAAGAGUGCUUGCAAGGGAUGUCUUGGAACAAGAGACUGGACUUUGGGCUGGAUGGAAUGAAAAUGGAGGAUUGUUCAUUGCCAACAACAAAGAAAGAUUGGAUGAAUACAAGAGGCUGAUGACACUUGGCAAGGUAUAUGGUGUUGAAUCAUUUGUUCUGAGUCCUAAAGAAUCCAAAGACCUUUAUCCACUGCUGAAUGUGGAUGACUUAUAUGGAACCCUCCACAGCCCUGGUGAUGGAACCAUUGAUCCUGCUAGCUGGGCUACUUCACUUACAAGAGCAGCUGUAAAGAAUGGUGCUCAGGUGUUUGAGAACUGUGCUGUUACUGGAAUUCAAACAGAAGUCAGUGACUUGGGAAUUAAACGAGUUUCUGCGGUACAGACUCCGAGUGGUACCAUCAAAACAAACUGUGUCGUCAACUGUGCAGGGGUGUGGUCACCAUAUGUUGGUUCUUUGUGUGGUGUCAGUGUCCCUCUGGUUGCCAUGUACCAUGCAUAUGUUGUGACAGAGAGGAUUGAGGGAAUUCAGAACAUGCCUAAUGUCAGAGAUCAUGAUGCCUCAGUUUAUCUCAAGCUCCAGGGAGAUGGCCUGUCUGUUGGUGGAUAUGAGCAUAAUCCAGUUUUCUGGGAUGAGGUCAGCAAUAAAUUUGCAUUUUCCCUCUUUGAUCUUGACUGGGAUAUAUUCAGUGCUCAUAUUGAAGGUGCAUGCAACAGAGUCCCAGUAAUAGCAGAAACUGGUGUCAAAUCCACUGUCUGUGGACCUGAAUCAUUUACUGCUGAUCAUAAACCAUUGAUGGGGGAAGCCCCUGAGCUUCGUGGCUUUUACCAUGGCUGUGGAUUCAAUUCUGCAGGUAUCAUGCUUGCUGGAGGGUGUGGCCGAGAGUUGGCACAUUGGGUGGUUCAUGGUCACCCUGAACUUGAUAUGUAUGGAUAUGAUAUCAGGCGCUUCCAUUCAUCGAUAACACCCAAUCAGAAAUGGCUCAGAGAAAGAAGUCAUGAGUCCUAUGCAAAGAACUAUUCAAUGCUUUUCCCACAUGAUGAGCCCCUUGCUUCCAGAAACAUGCGAUGUGAUCCUUUUCAUCAGGUUCUGUUAGAUAGAGGGUGUGUCUAUCAGGAGCGUCAUGGAUGGGAAAGACCAGGCUGGUUUGUUCCUAGUGAAGUAGCUGAGGUGAGGGAGUAUGACUACUAUGGGGCUUAUGAUGUGAAAGAACACCAGGAUUAUAAAUACAAUGAGUUACUGGGUCAGGAUUACACUUUUGACUUUCCACCACAUCAUGACAUUAUUGGAAAGGAAUGCCUUGCUUGUAGGGAGAGGGUAGCUGUGUUCAACAUGUCCUACUUUGCCAAGUUUUAUUUGACUGGACCUGACGCACAAAAGGCAGCUGACUGGAUUUUCACAAAUAAUAUGGCAAAACCACCAGGGUGCACAACUUACACAUGUAUGACAAACAAAGAUGGUGGCACAGAAGCUGACAUCACUGUGAGUGUCUUGGAGAAUGGUGAUGGAUCAAGUAUUGUAAAACCAAAAUUUGAGGGUGAUGGAUUCUACAUUGCUGUUGGUGGUGGUAUUGGUCAGCAUGGUUGGUGUCAUGUGCAAAAUAUUCUUCAAGACCAACAGUACAAUGUAAAGUUUGAAGAUCAUUCAGAGAAAAUGGGGAUGUUGAGUGUUCAAGGGCCCAAGAGUCGUGAGCUGCUUCAGUGCCUGACCUCCGCAGAUCUCAGCAAUGAGGCAUUUCCUUUCUCCACGCACAAAAUCAUCAAUGUUGCUGGCCAUGAUGUUCGCACCCUAAGAAUCACUUUUGUUGGUGAACUUGGUUGGGAAUUGCACAUCCCAAAUGACUCCUGUGUACCUGUUUACAAAGCACUCAUGGAAGCAGGUAUAGAAUUUGGUGUUGUGAAUGGUGGCUACAGGGCUCUUGACUCACUCAGUGCAGAGAAGGGCUAUAAACAUUGGCAUCAGGAUUUACGACAUGAUGACACCCCACUUGAGGCUGGCUUGGGAUUUACUUGCAAACUGAAGUCAGAUACCCCAUUCCUUGGGAGAGAAGCUCUUGAAAAACAGAAAGCUGAGGGUCUCAAGAAGAAGCUAGUUUGCUUUACUAUUGAAGAUCACAAAGCUCUUUUGGGUCUUGAAGCAAUAUGGCGAGAUAAUGAAGUGGUUGGUUUCAUCCGAAGAGGAGAGUUUGGAUAUGCUAUCGGCAAAAGCCUGGCUUAUGGAUAUGUGAGAGAUCCUAGUGGAAAACCUGUCACAACAGAGUUCUUGAAGACUGGAAAAUAUACCAUUGAAUCUAUGGGAGAGCUAUUUCCUGCCAAAAUACACCUGAAAGCACCUUUUGAUCCAAAAAAUCUUAGAGUACAAGGAGUUUAUGAUGAUGAGGCUUGCCCAAGUUAUGGCACUGCUUCCAAUUGACUCUGAUAUCAUAAAAUUGUUGUGCACAAUUUUGUAAGAUAAUAUAUUUUAGCUGGCUGUCACUAUUUUCUUUUUUUUUUUGUGGGGCAUGACAAGAGUAAGUAAAACUGACAAUUUUCUGUAUCUAUCUGUUGCAGUUUUUAACUUGUAAUAUCCAAUCACUCUGAGGAGACAAGGAACAAUUUAUUUGCAUGAGCUAAAGUUCAUCCAGGCUGUACUAUACUAUCACUCAAACCCUUAACACAUAUAUUUCAACAAAAUCAACACCAAAAUCCUUUGUUUUCUAAAUUGAUGUUGAGUUUUGGUGAAUUGCACUAGGUUUUUUACUUAAUACAGUGUUAUUCUGUGUCUACCUACAUGCAAUUUCAUCUAGUCAAGCCGUGCUUAUCUUUUCCAUGAUGGAAAUUAAUGUCUGUAUAGAACUAUAUUCCAUAAAGUGGCAAAUCAGAGAAGGGACUCUCUUUAAGCUAGACCGCCAAACUAUCCUAGAUUCUUUUAAGGUCAACUUUGUAACACAUUUAUUUUUUUUUCUUUUGUUUUCAAUGUCAAAAUUCAACUUUGAUUGAUUGCGUCUUGAUAUAAUACAAUAGAGUAAAUGGUGAUAUUACCUAAAAUUGUAAAUAGAAUACGCAAACAUAUCUGUCAGUAUUGGAGGGGCACAUAGAACUGUUUACUCCGUACAAGACAAAAAAUAAUUAGCUGAUGAGCCAGAUGGCGUAGUUUUGGGUAAAAUAAAAGACAAAGCCAAAGAAAAAAAUACUGGUCCUUUUUUAUUUUACUCCUUUUGUAACAUAUGUUUAGUUUGUGCAGUAUCAUUUAAGGAAAUUGUUCACAACUAACUGAACUGAACCCAGUUGAGAAAAGGAUGGAUAAUGCUAUCUGGUGGAUAAUCACAACCCAGUGGAUGAGUGGUAAUAAAACAAGCUGCACUAUCCACCUGAUAGAGAGUUAUCAAGUGGGUAGCAUUAUCCACCCCUCAAACAUGGUCUUGAACUCUCACAGAGUAACCAGGUCAAAAUAAGAAUUUCAUUCUACUUCCCUUAUCCAAAUUGCAGCCUUAAAGGAUUUGUAACUCUAUGGUCAAAGUAUGUGGUGUCUCUAAGCAAAUAUUUAACUGCAAAACCUUUCCCUCUCCAAAAGUUAUGAGGAUUUAUUUCAUAAUAAUUGAAAAGUCAGGUUACAUAGUUUAGAGUGUAUUCACCACUGAAAAAAAUAUAAACAUCAUUUAAUGAUUAGAAAAGGGUGUCUUGAUAUACAUUACAGGACUCUGGUAAAAAUAAAGGAGCAGAUGUACUGCUGGAUAAUAGUUCCCUUUCUUCAAUUUUAAAGUUUGGUUUUUGAAAUCUGUGAAAAGAAGCUAUGGGUAGACCCUAAAGUUGUACUUUUGCUGUUCAAUAAUAGUCUUUCAGUCUAGAAAAAUCCAAAAUUUAAGUAGUGGUAAUAGUACAUUUAAUCCUUUUCAUCUUAAUAUCAGUAUGCAUAUUCUCCAUACUGUUCUCGAUACAUUUCCUAAGGUGCUGACAAGGAGGAAUUUUGAAACAAUUAAGAACUUUGGGGUUAAUUAUCAUAAUGGUAGUAAUAAUUAGAAUGCUUUCCAUUAAAAAAUCUGCAUAGGACACCUCCAAGAAAAAUUAUAAGAAGUUGAAAAAUGUCCACUUGUGCUCUGAGAAUUACUGUCAAAUCCUCAAAACCACAAACACCUGGAUAUGAAUAUUAACAUGUUCUGACCAGUGACACUGGACAUUAGGGCAUACAGGUACCAAAAAACAAACCAGACUACUGAUGG